CGCCAACCCAAUUGUCGCCAAUUCGACCCACGACUGAUCAAUACCAUCUACACUUUAAAUAUAAGUAUCUCCAUCAUGGCGGUUCGACGGUCUGCCCGCCUACGCAGCCGCCAGCCCUCCGAGGAGUCUCAGGCUGACCCCGUUGUUACUGACAACAAUGCGUCCCGCGACACGAAGACUCACACCAACCCCGAGACCGAAAACGAGGACGUCAAAAUGGCUCGUCUCGGCAAACAGGCGGAAAGAUUGCCCCCCGUGGUGGAGAAUGUGGAGGAUGCUGCUACCUCUACUGAUAAACCUGAGCGGGCGCGCAAGAGAAAGUCCAAAGCUGAGACCGUCUCCAAGAGAAAGUCCAAGGUUGUUGUUUCGGAGCCCGUUGCUGAGCUGAGUGCGGUCCCGGAGACCAAGGCGCCUAUUUCUCAGCCAGCUGUUUCGGAUACCCAAAACCUGUCGACUACAAAGAUUAUGCCUGAACCUGCUAAGCCGACUGCCAAGCCGAUUGCUACUAAAUUACCGACCUCCAAAGCUAUGGCUGAACCCGUGAAGCUAUCGACUCCAAAGAAAACUACCCACACCCCUCUCAAAAACACUCCCCACAAAAAUACCCCCACCAAGACGCCUUCCAGAACCCCCUCCAGCACCUUGGCGCGUCCCCCCCACCAGGAAAUGCAUCCCAGCAAGGUCCACCAAAGCACCACUAAGCAGCCUGACUCUGGCCUGGUCUUGGGCUUCAACCCCAUCAAGAAGGAUGCCGAGGGCAAGAUUGUCAAGGACACCCUGAUCGAAAACACCCCCACCAAGGCCAAGGCCUCGCCCGCCUCCAACUACUACGGCACACCUGCGUUCGAGUUCAAGUUCGCCUGCGACAUGCAGCUCAGUGAUGAGGCCAAGAAGCUCAUGGAGACUGUGCGUCAGGACGCUGCUAAGAUCAAACCCAAGAUAGCCGACCAGCUUGCGCAGACUCGCACCGAGCAGGCGGCGGACCGGAAGAUCGUGCAGCCCAGGGGCAAGGCCGAUCGCUUCAGUGAUGCGCACAUGGCCGAGUUCAAAAAGAUGGACUCCAUUGCCGGUCACGCGUCGGCCUUCCGUGCCACCCCAGGACGCUUCCAGCCGGUGGUGAAGACGCUCAAGAGAACCAACUCCAAGGCGCGUUUGGAUGAAUCGGACCGCACCUCGACAUCACCCUCUAAGAUUGCACGCCCAUCGCCGGCCCCGCCCCCGCCCCGCCCGGCCAGCAACAAACGCGUCAAGCGUGACAUGACCGAUGAUGCGUCUACGCGUCGUCCCACUGAAGCCAGCCCUCCCAAACCCGUCCACACCCGGCCCAGAUCGAUCCGGAGCUCGUUGUUUACCCCAACACGGUCCUCCGCGGCGCGUGCAUCAUCUAGUAUUAAGCCGCCCCGUACCUCGCUGAUCCCCUCGCUCAUGCGAUCCCCUGCUGCGAAGCCAGCCGAUGUGCCGCGCACGCCUCAGACGGAGUUCAACCCGCGCCUGAAGAGCAACCUGCCCACUCUGGGGAACCUGAAGUCGAUCCUCCGCCGCCACCAGCCUUUAUUCUCUAAGGAUCCUGCGAAGAUUGCCGCGGGCACCCAUGUGGCUGCUCCUGAUUUCAGUUCCAACCUCCUUUUCGGAAAGCGGGAAACCGAGGAACCUGCCCAGACGCCAUCGCCUAAGAAGCGCGUGGAGUUCACCCCCAUGGUCGAAGCCCGCCAGGAGGAGGCCUUGUUCUCGCCAUCCCCGUCGAAGACCGUCAGCCCAUCGCGGAUCAUCUCCGAUGUUGUCUAUCCUACUUUGCCUGUGUUGACCCCUGAGCAGAACCACAAGUCUCCUGCCCAGGCGACGACCCCAACUAUUCGCCAUGUUCGUCAGUCGGACGUCCAUGUCAACCCUCUACCUGAGAUUGCGGGCGUGCCGCAUGGGAUUGGCCACAAGAAGAGAACCCGGGAGGCAAGCGAUGAGACCAAGACUGACGACUUGCCUGAGAUUGCGGGUGUGCCGCACGGUAUCGGCCAGAAGAAGAGAAACCGCUCCGCCCUUGAGGAUGAGACUGACGCCGAGAAUGUGCCGCCUGCCGACUCGACUGCCGAAGCACGCAGUGCCAAACGCAUGAAGAUGACCUUGCCUUCCCCGAUCAAGGCACCUGCCCUGAGUGCCCGCAAGGCGGCCCCCAGCCCGGCCAAAGCCAUAAUCAGCCCGGCCAAAGGCACGCUCAGUCCUACCAAGGCCAUCGCCACUCCCAGCAAGGUUCGCUCACAUACUCCCCUUCGAUCGGCCACGGCCAGCCGCAAGAGCACACCGGCGAGUGCACGCCCUCACAGCCGGGGUGUACUGAGCGUCAGCCGGUUGAACAUGCUGGCGCAGCCGAAGAGCCGGCGCUGAGUGGGUAAAGCGAGUUGCAUUUAUGAGCGUUGGACGCGUGAAUUUUGACUGCGAGGUUUCUUGUUGAUGGUUUCUUUGGCAAGGUUGCCGUGUAUUUAGUGCUUCGGAUUGGUGUCUGCGGGACUUUGAUUCAUGUGAAAUUGUAGGCGCUUGGAAUGCAUCCGGCAUGCAGGUGGCGUUUGAGAUUGAUUUGAUGAUGCAGAUACUGAAUGAGACUGUAUUAUAUGUAAUAUCGAGUUGCCGUUUAAUGAGAUGU